CCUGGCCUCUCUCGCCCAACCCCACUGCAAGCCGGCCCCAGGCCGCCUCGCCGCCGCCCGGCCUCGCUGCGCGCCACCAUGGACAGUCCCGUUUUCCCCUGGUAAAGAUGGCGGUGUGCGAUCGCUGCAACCUUUAGACUAAUGACUGUCCGAAACAUCGCCUCCAUCUGUAAUAUGGGCACCAAUGCCUCUGCUCUGGAAAAAGACAUUGGUCCAGAGCAGUUUCCGAUCAAUGAACACUACUUCGGAUUGGUCAACUUUGGAAACACGUGCUACUGUAACUCCGUGCUGCAGGCCUUGUACUUCUGUCGGCCUUUCCGGGAGAAUGUGUUGGCAUACAAGGCCCAGCAAAAAAAGAAGGAAAACCUGCUGACGUGCCUGGCAGACCUUUUCCACAGCAUCGCCACGCAGAAGAAGAAGGUCGGCGUCAUCCCACCAAAGAAGUUCAUUUCAAGGCUGAGGAAAGAGAACGAUCUCUUUGACAACUACAUGCAGCAGGAUGCUCACGAGUUUUUAAAUUAUUUGCUAAACACUAUUGCGGACAUCCUGCAGGAGGAGAAGAAACAGGAAAAACAAAACGGGAAGUUAAAAAAUGGCAACAUGAACGAACCCGCAGAGAGUAACAAACCCGAGCUCACCUGGGUCCACGAGAUUUUUCAGGGAACACUCACCAACGAAACCCGAUGCUUGAACUGUGAAACUGUGAGUAGCAAAGAUGAAGAUUUUCUCGAUCUCUCUGUUGACGUGGAGCAGAACACCUCUAUCACCCACUGCUUGAGAGACUUCAGCAACACAGAAACUCUGUGUAGCGAACAAAAAUAUUAUUGUGAGACGUGUUGCAGCAAACAGGAGGCUCAGAAGAGGAUGAGGGUAAAAAAGCUGCCCAUGAUUUUGGCCCUGCACCUGAAGAGGUUCAAGUACAUGGAGCAGUUGCACAGGUACACCAAGCUGUCUUACCGGGUGGUCUUCCCUCUGGAGCUCCGACUCUUCAACACCUCCAGUGAUGCUGUGAACCUGGACCGCAUGUAUGACCUGGUUGCUGUCGUUGUUCACUGUGGAAGCGGUCCUAACCGUGGACAUUACAUCACCAUUGUGAAGAGCCAUGGCUUCUGGCUGUUGUUCGACGACGACAUUGUAGAGAAAAUAGAUGCUCAAGCUAUUGAAGAAUUCUAUGGUCUGACGUCAGAUAUAUCAAAGAAUUCAGAAUCUGGAUAUAUUUUAUUCUAUCAGUCGAGAGAAUAACCUAGAGGAGCGUGGGACUAAUUCCUGCGGGGGAAAUACUCAAAGCACUAGAGCCUCGUUUCUCUGCAGACCUUCCUCUUCCCCCGCCCCGCGGCCCACUGGCGUGAUCACUGAUGCCCACUGGUCUGGCCGUGUUAACCUUCCUUCCUUUGUGUUCUUACAUGCAGCACUACUCCUGGGUUUGUUCUGGGCUGAGGCAGAGUGAACUGCAGUCAGUUUCCAGUUAGAUGUCGAUGACUGAGAUAAAUGUUCUGCCGCUUGUCAUGUCUGACUAAGCUAGAGUGGCUUUGUCUGUAAAUGUCACAGCCCAUUUGGAGUGUUUGUUUGGCUUCCCGAAUGGUUUCCGGGGUCUCCUUCCCAUGCAUUCCUUUGACAUAUCCCUGGAAGCGUUGCUACCCGCUGUUAGCUUGCCUGCCUCCUCUGACGGCAGGGGAUAGAUGUGCACCCGUUAAGGCUGCAACCAUAGCUUUAAGUUUGUGCAAGUGAAAAUGUUUAAACACGAGUGGACGUCGAUGCCAAGAUCAUCCUCUGCCUUGGAACAGGGUGAAGCAAGGCUGUCGAUGGUGGCCGGCGUUUGCACCCAACUGUGCUUACCUAGCUGGUAGAUCCCAGGGGCUAUGGAUCUACGACUACGAAGCUCAGGGCAGACAAAGCCAAGAGGAAGAUGUUUUUGCGGAUAGUGAAAAGUUACUUAUCUCUCUACCAAAAGCCAAGUUUCUGGGAAGCAGUGCACCACUGUCCCUUUUCCGUGACCGCUUCCUCCUGUCAGGUCC